AUGGCCCGGUACGAUUUGCAUUUGAAGGAAAUGGAUGAUCUCAAGGAGAAGAUGGCCCAGAACGAUAUGUAUUUGAAGGAAAUAAAUGAUCUCAAAGAGAAGAUGGCCCAGAACGAUUUGCAUUUGAAGGAAACAAAUGAUCUCAAAGAGAAGAUAGCCCAGUACGAUUUGAAUUUGAAAGAAAUGGAUGAUCGUGCAAAGAAUAUGGAGAAGGUGGUAACUCAACACGAUUCACAACUGAAAGAAUUUAAAAAUCGCGAAGAGGAAAUUGAUAAGAAGAUGGCUCGGCAUGAGAUGCUCUUGGAGGAAAGGAAAAAUCAUGGAGAAAUUACAAAGAGGAAGAUGGCCCAACACAAUUCACGAUUGGAAGAAAUGGAAAAUGGUGCACGGAAAAGAGAGGCGAAAAUGACCCAGAUUUCCUCGAAAUUGCAAGAGGUGGAAAAUUGUGGGGAGAUAACGAAGAAGAAAAUAGCUCUACAAGAUUUGCAGUCCAAAGAAAUGGGUAAACGGGUAGAGAAGAAUGAGAGAAAAGUUGCCCGGCACGACUCGCAACUGCAAGAUAUGAAUAAUCUUGGAGAGAUGAUAAAGAAGAGAGUGGCUCAAGACGAUUUCCUGUUGAAAGAAAUUAUUCACCGUACAGAGAAGCUGAAGAAGGAAAUGGCCCACUACGACUCGCAUUUGCAAGAGAUGGGUAACCAUUGUGAGUCGAUGGAGGAGAAAGUGGCUCAACAAGAUUCACGUUUUGAAGAAGUGAGUAAUCGCACUGACAGGAUGAAGAGGGGGUUGGCCAGACACGGUGCACACUUGAAAGAAAUUGAUCACCAUAAAAAGAGGAUGGAGAAGGGAAUGCGAAAAGUAGGCGAAAAAGUGAAGAACCACUAUGCCCUUAUCUGCUUGCAAGACGAGAAGACCGUCCAUCUUCAGAGGUACUUCGACAGAGUAUUACAAGAGCACUUUAACAACUGCCGCAAUGUUGAAACCCAGAUACGAGAUAGCUUAGAGGAUCUGAUUGUGCGAAUUGAUACCUUGUUCGCAAUGUCUGCUCCAAGUACACCGACUGAACUGUAA